AUGAUAAAAACUUGGUCUCGAGAACUAUUAACACAUUAUGAAUUAUGUCGAUUAGGUUUGUAUAAACUUUUAGUAAAAACAAUUUCUACUCAAGAUCUUUUACAUAUAAAUGAAUUAAAUAAUAAUAAUCAUUCCAACUUCCAAAUGUUGAUCAACGGUUUACAGAACAUGGCACAACACAUCUAUUGGAAAGAAAAUUAAAAGUUUAUGCAGAAACAAUUAAAGAACAACUUUUGUAUCUUCUUUCAACUGAAUCAUUUGGCAAUACAUUAUUAUAAGAUAAGCGACGUUAUGUACACCUAAUGCUCUUUCAAACUUUUCAUUUUCACUUAAUCGUCAUUCAUCAAAUAAUGAUUUAACAAAUAUUGAUUAUGCUCUUUCUUCACCAUCGCCG